ACUUACUAGCAAUUAGUGAGAAGGCAGGCUCUUGCUCCGCCUACUAAGAAACCCUCAGUUUUUGAGUAUGGCAUAUGUUGAAAUGCAUUUGCAGUGCAAAGCUACAAGAAGCCAACAGGCUAGGUCUUACUAUCUGGGACUGGUCAAAACAUAAUUCCAUCCAAAUCUGAUCUCAUCUCUACAAGCUGGGAGUACAGUUUCUGAAGCAAAUGCAAGGAUGGCUGUCGAGUACCACGCCACUACACUGUCAAACAUGGACAUCGACAACAGUAAAAUUGGGUAUAAGCAACUUUUCAUGGAUGGCAGCAAGUUCCAGUAUUCAGUUUAUGCACUGAGAAACAGUCCUUUCCGGCUUGCUACAGUUUGCCUAGGCCUGCUGUGUGUUCUCCUGUUGGCUGGGGUCAUAGGCCAGAGUGCCCACUACCAAAAAAUGCAUCAGGACCAUCAGAACAAUCUAAAAGCCAUCACCAAAGAGAAAGAGAAUCUGCAGGAGGACCUACAGACAACACAAAAGAGGAAGAGGGAACUUGAGACCACAUAUAAUAACUUACGGAAUAGUAAUGAUUACUUAUCUAAAAGGAACAGCCAGAUACAGAUCAAUAACAACUUACUAACCAAAGAAACAAACAGCCUUAAACUUAGUCAAAGCCAGUUACAGGCCAGUAACAUUGCUUUAAGCAACAAGAUAGAACAGCUGAACACCAGUAAUGGCCAGCUGCAGACUAAAAACAAUGCCUUGACUACAGCCAAUGACCUACUUCAAAAACAGUACAAUUCGGCAGUCAAGCGCAAAAAUGAGUUACAGACCAGUUAUGACUCAGUGACCAAAGACAGAGACAAUUUACAGAACAAAUACAAUAAUGCAACCAGAUCAAAAGAACAGCUGCAAGUGGAUUACAACACCCUGAUCAAUGAUGUAGAGCAUUUGCGGGACAGGUACAACUUCUCUAUCAAUGAGAAAGACAAGCUAGCAAGUAGUCACCAAAACCUGACAAUAACAAAAGAAACUCUGCAGGCCAGUUAUGACGUACUUUUAAAAGCAACAGAUGAGCAGCGGGCUUCUUAUGCGUCCUUGCUUCAGGAAAAAGAUGAGCUUGAAAACAGCUGCAAAAAUGUAACUGUGGAGAGAGCCCUAUUGAAGAGGAAAAAUGACAACUUGACUGCUGAGCGAGACCAGCUGCAGGUGGAAGUUGAGAGGCUAAAAGCAAUAACUCAAGCUAGGACAUGCCCCACUGGCUGGAAGAAAUUUCAGAGCAGCUGCUACUUUACUUCUGCUGGAAAGAAAAACUGGAGGGCGAGCAGAGAAUACUGUCAAAACAAAGGAGGAGAUCUGGCAAUCAUAAAAAGCCAAGAAGAAAUGACCUUCAUCAACGGCUUGUAUGGAAGCGAAAAAGAAGUCUGGAUUGGACUGACUGAUACAGGAGUAGAAGGGGAGUGGAAAUGGGUUGAUGGUACCCCACUGACUACAGCGUUCUGGGGUAAAGACCAGCCCAACAGUUUUGACGGCAGGAACCAAGACUGUGUGGAGUUCUGGCACCGUGCGACAGGGAAUGGUGACUGGAAUGAUGAGAACUGUAACAUAGAGCAAAACUGGAUCUGUGAAAUGUAAUCUUACUGUACAGAGAGCUUUAUCUAGCCUUGCUGGCCAUUGUUUGGCAUUGCAAAUCAUCUUGUAUUAUCAGUGUAGGGCAAAACAGUGAUGCAUAAAGAGACUGCUUUCAGUGAAUUGGAAAUACGAGAAAUACUAGACUCUUUGUUUGCUUAAAAAUCAAUAUGAGACCAAUUUACACACCAUGACAACAUUGCUAAUGGCUAAUGGCUGAAAUGUUUUGUUGUGGUUUAUUGUUGUGAUGAGGUUGUUGAUUGUUUGAAACACAAUAUCUUGGUAAUGUGGAACCACUUUGGUUCAAAGGGAACCAAGCUUUCCAUAAAUAUUUGUACAUAUCGUAGAAACAGUUAUGUUUGUGUUUUAACUAAUUUCUAAUUAAUGAUAAUUGAUUUUAAUUUUACCAGUAUGUAGAAAAAAAAUUAUUGUUGUCCAACUGUCCAACUGAUUUGUUACUGUUACUAAGAGUUGUACUCAUUAAUCAGUUCAUGUUGAGCUAGUGAUGAGGUAGUUGGGUGGAGCUUGCGAGAAGAGAAACAAACAUGAUCAAAGUGAGAUUUUUACUAAUGUUGGCUAUUUUUGUGUUCAUUUUUUUCUUCUUGCAUCACCGAGAAUGCACACAUCCAGCCAGAUUCACAUUAAUGCAAAGAAAAUUGAUGCAAUAUACUCAAUAAAAUUUCAAAAUCUA